CACUAGUGACAGUUUGUUAGGUUAGUUUUUCUCAAACGACCGACCUCCAUCCCCAUCGUCGUCUUUGAGAUUAGCAUUGUUUUCAAUAAUCUACAAGGCUUCUUUCAUCACACGCUAUAUCGAUCACAAUAAUUACACUCUGCAGUAUAGAGAAUACACAUUCAAACAACGAAAUAGUGCAAUUAAAAUCAAAAUGGCAGACAGUACCACAGAAAUAAAUCAAGAAAGAGUUUAUGGAGGAUGCGAAGGGCCCGAUGCUAUGUACGUAAAAUUAAUUUCAUCAGAUGGUCAUGAAUUUAUAGUUAAAAGAGAACACGCUCUUACAUCUGGCACUAUCAAAGCCAUGUUAAGUGGCCCUGGGCAGUUUGCCGAAAAUGAAGCAAAUGAAGUGAACUUUAGAGAAAUCCCAUCCCAUGUACUACAAAAGGUCUGCAUGUAUUUCACCUACAAAGUUCGUUACACAAACAGCUCCACAGAGAUACCUGAAUUUCCUAUUGCUCCAGAAAUUGCACUAGAAUUAUUGAUGGCUGCUAAUUUCUUAGACUGUUAAAUUAUUUAUUCUAAAAAAAAUGUGGGUUGUUCAUUACUUAGCUGUAAAAUGCAGUUGCUUUUUUUUAUUUUUACUUCAUAAUAAUAAUAAUUAGACGACAAUUGAAAUCCUGCACGGAUACCAGAAGAAGAAACAAUUAUUUUGUCUGCCGAAGUUGAUUUUUUCAUAUGUUUAAAUAGUUUCUAUAAAGUUUAAACAAUUACUUUUAUUGUAUAAAUAGAUGAUUUUGUGGCAGUAACUCAUAUCAUUUUCCAAUGUUCCCUGAAAAAAAACUGCUGCUCAACUACAUUUAACCCUGCGUUAGUGCGAUGGGUAAAUAUUAGACAGUUAGAGCGGUGGGGUGUGUAGAACCCCAACAAAAAGUACAAAGAAAAAUUUGAAAAAAUCAAAAAAAUUUCAGAAAUAAGAUAACUGUAAUCUUUACUAAAUGCCUUUAUUGCUUCGAUCUAAAAAAUAACAGUAAAUUGAAAAAAUACAAAUAGUAUUCUGAAUAUGUCAACAAAGAACGCCAAAAUAUUUCUAGCUAGGGUGUACCACACCCUGCCGCACUAACGCAGGUUUAAGGAAGUCUAUUGCAUUUUUGUAGUAGAGUAAUAAAAUCUAUUUUUAUUAGUCAAGCAGCUUACAAUUCAUGCAACAUUUCAGUGUUGCCAACCAGUAUGGCGAAAAAAUUCAGUACGAUGCGUAAAUAUCUAUAUUUGAUAACACAUGAUAUUGGCACUAAGCUUUUCAUAUAUUAUGUUAGUGACAGUUAACUCAUCUUAGUUCUAUACAUCUAAAGUUCACUUGGACUUUCUUCAAUUUUAAAACAUUGCUUGAUAAUAAUAAAAUACCAUUUUGUUUUCUCUAGCUGGAUAUCUCAUUGUUUCGCUUUAGGACAAUACUUCUAUGGUAUAAUAAUGACAGGCAACAUUGCAAUUUUUUGUUUUAUUACAGUGAAUUUAAUUUUCUAUACUUUUGAUAAAAAGUUAUAAUCAACUUGAGUAAUGUGGAUCUUAGUUGAGCAUUGAUUAAAAUGAUUUUAUUUCAUUUUAUCACUGAGUAUUUCCAAAGAAUUUUAAGUCGUGCUCAUUUAGUUGAACCAUUUAUUAUUUUGUUCUAUUAGAAAUUGAGCAAUUUCUUUAUGCUAUCUGAUAAUUUUAUAUCUAGCAUAUUUUUAAUAUGUGUUUCAUAAACACAUAUCUUUAGAGGUGUUACAUUAUGUAAAAUAUACUCAAAGUUGCUUUAAGAUUGGUGGCCCAGCAUUUUUCUUUGAUUUAUUUUGCCAGGCUGAUUUUUUUGCAUAAGAUUGUAAUUUGUUUCAAAUAAAUAUAAUCUUCUAUUAUGAUAUACUUGUCAACUAAAAUGUAGACUUACAAUAUUUCAAAAUGGAUCAUUAUUAAAAUGAAAUAAUAAUUACACCUGUUUUGGUCUGUCAUAAAAAAUGUUAUAAACUUAGACUGCAUUUUACAGCCAUACUUAUGUAACACUCUAGACGCCAUAUAGUUCAGCUCAUUAAGCAUAUUAACUAUAAAACGUCAAAACAUGAAACUUUCAGGUUUAGCUUAUCAUUAUAUACUUCAAUAUUUUAAUUUAGCUUAAAUUUCAAUCAAGUACUUUCAUGUUUGACCAUUUUUAUAUCCUCGAAGUUGAACUAAUACUAUUUUCAGUUGCCCGUGGUUUUUUAUUUUUGAUUCUCAUGUUUUAAUUAUUUUACUGCAAAAACUUAAUGUAUUUAGACAUGAUUUUUUCCCAAUAAAUUUUUUUACGAACUUAAAA